AUGCAUUUCUACGAAAGCAUUGAAGAUGUUGUUACUGUUGAACCACUUCUUAAUGAAUAUCGGAAAAAUAUUUCUGUUGUGUAUGGAGAUAAAAAACUUCAGCUAUACAGUUUACAUGCUCAUAGAUAUCUUGUUCAACAAGUAUUAUCACAUGGAGCUUUAUUUACUCAUGGAUGUUUUGGUGAUGAAAGUUUCUUAGGUACAUUAAAAAGAAGCAGAAGAAGUAAUAUAAAAAUUCCUUAUCAAAUAUUCAAGUCGUAUUUAUUACGUGACUCUCAAUAUGCUGAAGAACAAACAAUAAUCACUAUUAAUAAUAUAUUUGUGGAUGAAAAAGUCUAUGAUACUUCCUAUUUAAAUCAAGACGUUUAUCGAGAUUACUUCGAUGACUUUAGAAACUUGUGCCAAAUUCAAUUCAAUGAAACAGUAGAUAAUACUUUUUCUUUAUAUAGUCGUUUUAAACGUGGAAUUAUUAAAUUUAGUUCAUUAUUAUAUAGUCGAAUAGGUUCACAACUAACCAAUAUUGUUUCUUUGAAAUAUCCUCAAUGUCUUGCAAAGAAAAAUAAAUGUUUUGGUAUUAUCAUUUGGUAUUUCAAAUGUAAAUCAACGAACUAUGCAUUCAUUAAACAACUAAAGUGUAAAGAUAAUGUUAUAAGAACUACACGCACAGAUCAACUUGGUAAUGUUGCUCAUGCAUUUGUUGAUCGUUUUUAUAGCAUUGUCGAUAUCAAAACAUUUGAACUUUGCUUUAUACGUGUAGAAGAUAUUUUGCAUCAAUGUGUAGUUAUUCCAUUUUAUGACUUGCAUUUAUUUUCUGAAGUUCUUUGUACUUAUGAGCAUGAUUAA